AUGCGUGAGAUCAUUAGCCUCAACGUCGGUCAGGCGGGUUGCCAGAUCGCCAACGCCUGCUGGGAGCUCUACUGCCUCGAACAUGGCAUCCAGCCUGAUGGAUACCUGACCGACGAGCGCAAGCGCGCGGAUCCCGAUCAGGGGUUCAGCACCUUCUUCUCCGAGACAGGUCAGGGAAAGUAUGUUCCUCGUACUAUUUACUGCGAUCUCGAGCCCAACGUCGUCGACGAGGUCCGCUCUGGUACCUACCGCAGCCUCUUCCACCCCGAGCAGAUGAUCACCGGUAAGGAGGAUGCGUCCAACAACUACGCCCGCGGCCACUAUACCGUGGGCAAGGAGCUUAUCGACCAGGUCUUGGACCGAAUUCGCCGAGUCGCCGACGGCUGCGCCGGUCUCCAGGGCUUCUUGAUCUUCCACUCGUUCGGCGGUGGUACUGGUUCCGGCUUCGGUGCGUUGUUGAUGGAGCGUCUCUCCGUCGACUACGGCAAGAAGAGCAAGUUGGAGUUCUGCGUAUACCCUGCUCCGCAGACCGCCACGUCGGUCGUCGAGCCUUACAACUCUAUCCUCACUACCCACACCACUCUCGAGCACUCUGAUUGCUCCUUCAUGGUCGACAACGAGGCUAUCUACGACAUCUGCCGCCGGAAUCUUGGCCUCGAGCGUCCUAACUACGAGAACCUGAACCGCUUGAUCGCUCAAGUCGUGUCGUCCAUCACUGCCUCCCUCCGAUUCGACGGCUCGCUAAAUGUCGACCUCAACGAGUUCCAGACUAACCUGGUUCCUUACCCGCGUAUCCACUUCCCCCUCGUCGCCUAUGCGCCAGUUAUCUCGGCCGCCAAGGCUGCCCACGAGGCCAAUUCGGUCCAGGAGAUGACGAUGUCCUGCUUCGAGCCCUACAACCAAAUGGUCAAGUGUGACCCUCGUCACGGCAAGUACAUGGCGACUUGCUUGCUAUAUCGGGGUGACGUCGUCCCCAAUGACGCACACGCCGCCGUGGCUACGCUCAAGACCAAGCGCACCAUUCAAUUCGUCGACUGGUGCCCGACCGGAUUCAAGCUUGGUAUCUGCUUCCAGCCCCCUCAGUUCGUCCCCAACGGCGACUUGGCCAAGGUUAACCGUGCUGUCUGUCUGCUUUCCAACACAACCGCUAUCGCCGAGGCGUGGUCCGCCUUGUCGACCAAGUUCGAUCUCAUGUACUCGAAGCGCGCGUUCGUCCACUGGUAUGUUGGCGAGGGUAUGGAAGAAGGUGAAUUCUCAGAGGCGCGUGAGGAUCUCGCUGCCCUGGAGCGCGACUACGAGGAGGUUGCCACCGACUCGCUCGAGUUGGAAGGGGAGACCGAGGCUGAGUACUAA